GGGCAGCGAGAAAAAGGUACAUCCACCGUAGAGAUGGCUGCAGAGAGAAAGUAUUGGUGGCUGUGCAACCGAUGAAGACAAAAGACGUGAAAAGGACAGAGUGAACGCGGUGAAAGAUUGAGUUGGAGUUACACCGAGGCAAAUCAGCGUGAGCGCCUAGAGGGAGGAGCAGCAGCCAAAGUGCUGUGCUUCCUGUCGUUGGCGUUAGCCUAAAAACCUGAGAAUUCAGUUCCCAAAAUUAAACGGUUGUAAUCAGCGACCGAAUGUCUCCUCAAUGCGACGAAAAUGGUGAAGUGUGGAGUAAAGUGGGUAUUGAGUAAGGCCUUGGACAUCUCGAAUCAUGACAGAGGCCUCGGAAGAUGGUAAUUAUCUGGUGAGGGUACGGGCCCAGGUGAUGACGAGAGAUGACAGCUCUGGGGGAUGGGUACCACUCAGUGGUGGAGGACUCGCUAAUGUUUCGGUCAGGCGUAGGGCAACAUCAGCUGGAUCUGGUUGUAGCACUGCUACUGGAACCAGUUGUGCUACAGCUACUGCUAAUGCAGCUCCUGGUUCAUCGCCCAGUAAUAAUUCAGCUCCGUUGAGCACUUCACCUCCCAGUGCAGCUAAGAGAAGACACGAGUACCUUAUUUAUGGAAAACGUAUCACUGAUCAAUCGGUUGUUCUCAGCUGUACAAUUAAGAAGGACUUUCAAUACAACAAAGUGAUGCCGACAUUUCAUCACUGGCGUACUGGAGAGAAAAAAUUUGGACUCACGUUUCAGACUGCUGCUGAUGCCAGGGCGUUUGACAAAGGCGUGCGAACAGCAGUCGAGGAGCUUUUAGAAGGACUGGCGGAUACAACGUUAAAUGGACAUCCAGACGUCGGUGAUGAGAGUGUAUUCAUGACUGUUAAUUUACCAGCGGAGCCACCGGAUCCUCGUCAAUCGUCUGGAUUGGUUCGUGUACCGAAUUAUCAUUCCCAGUGUGGCGAUAUACCAGAUGCCCACAAAUCAAUUCAUUACAUUAAUAGUGGUCCAUCAGCCAAGGUUGUACCGUCACACCAUCAUCCACUGGAGUCUAGUGGUGAUGUGGGCGUUGACAAUUGUCCUUAUGUGCAGUUGACGACUCUCAAUCACGAUUAUCUGUAUCCAGUGAUCGAUGAUCACAAAGGAGCCAAUACAACGGAGCGUCGUACAUCGAGUGGUUCACUCAAGAAGCCUGAUAUAAUAGUAUCACAGCCGGGUAAAAAUACAGCUAAAAAUCGGGGUAAUAAUCGAUUGAGAUGUAAACACUGUCAACAGACUUAUGGUGAGCAUGAUAAUCCAAGGGGUGCGUGUGAGUAUGCACCUGAUUUUAUUAGCCGAGGUAUAGCAACUGUUUCGUGUCUUCUGUGCGCCAAGUGUAUGCUGUAUCAUUGCAUGAGUGAUGCUGAGGGUGAAAAUUCCCACAAUCUUGAGCACAAUCCGUGCACAUGCAGUACAGAGGAUGGUUGUGGUAGACGAUGGUUUGGACUUGCAUUGUUGUCUCUCAUUGUUCCAUGUCUAUGGUUGUAUCCACCACUACGGGCUAUUCACUGGUGUGGUAUGGCCUGUGGUAUAUGUGGUGGACGUCAUCAUCCAAUGGAAUAACUGGAGGAACCCUUUGAUAUCUCUGGACCGUUCUCCAUUGAGCCACACUAUAUGGCAGCAAUGCCCAGUGGGGCUGUGGCUAAUGUUUAUGAAUGCCACGAUCUAAGUAUGGGACGGUGUCAGAGAUACCAAAGGGGCAGACAGUUGCCGGUACAUGCGCUUAUUCAUCAACGUCACCUGUGAUCAAAUUUUGCUCCAGGGUACAUCAACUUCAGGGGUUCGCUGAAAUUUAUUCGCUUCUUUCAGUAAUUGUCGGUUGAUUUAGUUCAGAUUUUUCGGGGUCUGGGGAAUUAAAUGUUCUGGAAUGGUUUAGGAAUGUUUGGGUGGGGCAGAAUCUGCGGGAAAAUUCUCUGAGAUAUUCCGUUUUCGAAAAAUUGAAGGGAACAACCUAGUGAUUUCUCUGAGGAAUUUCAAUGAAUUUCCACAGGAAUUAUGUUCAAGUGCUGUUGAAAAUUAUGUAACUUUACUGUGCCAUUUUUUUAUAGAAUGAAGUCAAUGGGUUUUGGUUUUCAGGUAAAAAUUCCUGGACAUAAAUUUUUCAAGUUUUUUUUUCGCUGCUCAUGCCCAAGAAUUUUUAUAGAAAAAAUUCCUGCAGAAUGUUAUGUAGAAAAAUCGACAUCUAUAAUCUUCCCUAUCAAAAAAUAUUGAUCGUUGAAAAACAUGGAAAAGUUGCUUAUUUUCACUAGGAUUGGAGCGAAAAGAAUUUCUUAAUAGAAUUCUAACAGAUCAUUGGAGUUUUUCCGGAAAGAACAAGGUCUCCAAAUGAUUCUGUAACUGUCUAAAAAUGUCUAAAACCGUCUAGAUUAAUUUUCUAGAAUAAUUCCCGAAUUUUUCACCAUUUGUCGUCUAAAAGUCGAUUCCAACAUGAAAAAACAUUGUACCGCCAUAAGGUGGGCCACCAAGCACUCUAUUUUUUAAAAAAGUUGUAAUUUCAACGGGAACCACACAAAUUCCAUUCAACCAAGGGGAUAUAGAGGGGAUUUAAGACAAUUAGCGACAACAACGAUAUGCUCUAUGUUGAAGUUUGUGCCUUUCCCAUUUGGUUGGGAGGCGAACUAGGAACACGUGGGGGGACUUCGAGUUGAAUGAAGCAAGGCCAAUUCGAUGUUAGGUAAUUAAAUGGUCCAAGUCGAGUAUCAGGUGUGGCUUCUUGACACUGACACAGACCUCGAGGAACUUUUGCCAAAUUCAAGGCAGUUAGGAUUUUGCGAUGAACAGCUGACGAAUGCCCACGUGGAGAGGCUAGAUAGAUUUUGAGGGACACCUGCAUGCAUUAUAAGGUUCACUUAUCAAUUAUUACACAUUUGACAAAAAAAAUUGAGAAAAACCUAACGCUUUCUCCAAGGAAUCCUAUAUUUUGCCACAUAUUGAAUAGCAGAAAGCAUUCUUGAGUCUAAAUUUUCUGCGGUAUUUUUAUCUGUUCCUCACGAUAAAAUCAAAGCAAAAAAAUUGAAAAUUUAAGUCCAAGAAUUCUACAGAAAAAAUCCCAACAGACAAACUAACACCUACAGACUUUUUUCCAAUAGAAUUGGCGCAGAAGGCGAAUAGAAUUUCUUAGAGAGAGCGAUAAUAUUUUUCUAUUCAAUUUUCCCAUACUUGUAUUUAUUUUUCUUGUUAUUGAUUGUUGACAAUCAUCCUCAUGGCACUCAACGCAUCAUCAUUUUUUUUCUUCAGAUUAUUUCUCGUCUUAUAAAUGGAUAUAAACGUGUAUAUCAUUUCUGGAUGUUUCAAAAUUUAUGUAUAGAUUAACAAGCAAGAAAAAUCAGAUUAACUGUUUUCCCAUUACAACUUAGAGCAUUGUCAGAUGUGUGGAAGAAUAUGUAUUUCCCUUUGAUUAUUGAAAAACCACGAGAAGCAGCAGUUCCGUUCCCCGCUCUGUGUUUCCAGUAUUCUAGAUAAUUCCCUCGAGCUUUCAGUGUAUAAUUCACGUGCAUAACGAAAGAGAAACAUGAAAAAUUGGAGAGUAAUUAUAAUAGUUCAAACUAAAAACUUAAUCUAUUCAUACGUUUCUCUUUUGUUGUUUUGGCGUACAUAAGACAUGAAAAAGAGGGAUUAAAAUUGCACAUGACAAAUAGAACGAGUGCGAAGGAACAAAAAUAAUUUUUGCAUUUCUUCCAUUAAUUUAUUUCCCGUUUACGAUCGCUGUGGGAACACGAUUGAGCUUUAAUAUCGCCCUACUUUGAAAUAAAAAAGCAUAGAAAAUUCAAUCACAAGAAACAGAGACGAUAUUACGGGAGAGGGAAAAAAACAUGAUCGUUAAUUCUAAAAGUGUGUAGCUGAGAUAUUUUUACUUUUAUUGAUUUAAUUACUAGGUGAGAAUAAAUAAAAAGCGAUGGAAAAAUUCCAGGGUAAUUGUCGUAGAUGAAAAUUUAAUGCAUGCAUUAAAUGAAAAAUUAACGAUGAACCACAUUUGAUCGAGAUUGACAAAAAUAAAAGAGAUACAUAUUUAUUUUAUUGGUUGAACGACGGAGCAAGUUAUACUUACAUUCAUCGUAGCACUAACGUAUACAAAGAGAGUAAAAAGAAAUUAACAAUUGCGAAUGUAAGUGCAGAGGCUUUUUUAGAUUAAAAUGGAAAUAAUAAUUAAAAAAAAAGAACGUUAGUGUAUUCGAUUUUAUAUUGACUUUUUUACAGUUUUGUAUAUUCAAAAGGUGUCGGUGUAUUCCUGAAGGCUCAGAGGAGUACACUUUGACACCUUUUGCUGUAGGAUAGCACGUGUAGUGGUAAAAAGAAAAAAAACGUUACUUUGUACACUCGUAUGCGCACUCCCAUGCACAACCGAUAUACAAAUUUAGUUGAUUAGUCGAUGAAUAAAUAUGUGUAAAUUCAAUGAUUCUCUCUGGAAGGAACGAGACAUUGAGAAAUAGAUGGGACAAGAUAAAUCAUUCAAGAGCGAUGCAAACACGACAUUUUGGGGUUUAAUUAUAAGUCAAAAUAUGUGGAAUAGUCGAAUCAUCAUGCCAGUGGGAUAUAGUGCUUCGAGUGUUGUUAUUUUCUGAUCAUAGUCAUUAAUUCAUAAAUUUCGAAACGUGCAUGCAGUUCUAUUAUUUUCAUCACUCCCAGUCAUGUUUUUUUUAUUUUUCUAAAUUCACUGUGUAAUUUUGUAAGCGUUGAUGCUUUAUUCACGCCACGCAGAGGCGAGGUGAUGAGAAUUGGUAAAAGAACGUGAAUAAAUUUCCGAUUGUCAGUAUCAACUGAAUAAAGCGCUUGAUUAAGAUGCGAGGGGUCUUUGAGAUGACAGAUAAAUCACUUAAGAGAUUCAAUUUUUCUCAAUCAUGUAAAUAUGAUGUAUUGUUUACUGCCAUAACUAACGGUUGGUUUAAUUCUUAGAAAUACCACGUUUUACCAUCCCGAGUUUCACAUUUGUACUAAUUUUGAGUAUUAAAUUGUGAAAUAUAUUCGUAUGUUGACGAUUAUUUUCUCAAUCGUAAGGGAAUGAAGACGAAUGCGAAUGAUAAUGAGAGAUAAGAAUAAAAACACUCAUCUUUUAAUUUAUGAAUAAUAAGUACAAAAGCUAUUUUCCCAAUAAGUCCAUUUGUGAUGACUACCAAAUGUGGAUACCUGUUUAAUCGUCUUGAGUAUUCCUAGUGGAUUUUAAUGUGCAAAAUCCCAGAUAAAGAUUUAACAAAAAACGACAAAAAUAACAAAAUAAAAGAAUGAAUAAUUAAAUAUACACGUAAAUAAGUUUAUGAAGUGGCUAAAGAUAAUGAUAUUGGGUGAAUGGGGAGCACCGGAUGAAUAUGAAAAUGUGAUUUGAGCGAAUGAAUUUUCUUCCUACUAAUUUAAAUUGCUUCCUGUCAAAUGUAUGAAUGACCAUUUAAACAUGCGAAUGAUGAAGAUCAUAAAACAAGUGUUUUAUGAUAAACACAUGAAUGUGUCUAUGAUUAGUGUAACAAUUCACGUAAAAUAUAUUUAAUAUUACGGCUGGAAUGAUUGUGAAUAAUGAUGACAAUGACGAUAAAAACAAAUGCUGCUAUUAUUGAUGCAGAAAUGUUAAUGUAAAAAUUAAAAAUGGAACAAAGAGUUGAUGCAGAUAUGGUAUUCAUUGGUGAAUACUUAUUAAUUUUAAACAUUAUCGUCGAGUUACAAAUCUGCCACUGACGAUUAAUGGAAAAUGGUAAAAAGUUGAUGAUUAAUAUUAUUGAUUGAAUGAAUUUAAGUAUAAAUAUAACUUUUGAAUGUGGCAGUGCUGCAGUGUCAUGACCUUUCUUGGUGGACCCAAGCUUUCAGGUUAUUCUAUCCUUAAACGUUAAUUGCUGCAAGCCCAUUGAAUGAAAUUUUAAUUAAAUAAAGGAGAAGGGAGAUGAAGAAAUACAAACAAAUUCAUUAUAUCAUAAAUGUUUAAAUCUUGUAUUAUUGUAAUUAAAGGAGAAACGAAAUGCGAAAAAUAUGUACCAUAAUCCCAAUGUACGAAAAAUAAAUAUAUUGUAUCAUGAAGGA